AAAAUAAAUAUAGUACUUUGAAUGCAAGAAAAACAUUUCCAAAUUGGGAUAGUUGUGAAUCAUUUUUGCAGAAUCAGAAUUAUGAUUCAAAUUCAAAUAAAGAUACUGGUUCAAAGAAGACAGAAUAUCCCUUUUUAGUUAAUGCUUCUUGUCCCAAAUCUAAUAAUCCUGAAGUUCUAGUAUUUAUUAACAAGUUUGGUGUGACUGCUCAAAGAAAAUUCCUUGAAAACAAAUAUCCCUUACACUCUAUUUAUUUGAAAGAUCUCUAUGCAGCUAUCAACAAAUUUCAUCCUACCUAUAAAUCAUUAUCAAAUGAUGUAGCUCAAGUUUCAAAUUGGCUUGAUUGCCAGAAAGAGCAGGAUUCUCAGUACAAGCUAUUAGAAGCAACUAGUGUACAUCCAAGUAUUAUUCUUACUGACGCUGAUCUAGCAGUAGAUUCUGCUGUUCAUCAAAUAUUUCCGUUUACUUACCCUAUUUACUAUGCUUAUUAUAUUACUCAAAACUUACAUAAAAAUCUUAGAAAAGUUUUAGGUGAUGAUUAUCAAAAGUUUUUAGAUAGUUUUUAUCUUUGUUGUUAUAGUCUAGUUGAAGAUAAUUUCCAAAAAAGAUAUGAAAAGCUUAAAGAAGAUUACUCUAAUACUUGA